AUGGCUCCCGCUGCCCGUGCCGGUCGUAAGGCCCCCAAGGUCACCCAGAAGUUCAUCAUCAACGCUUCGCAGCCCGCGAGCGACAAGAUCUUCGACGUCUCCGCCUUCGAGAAGUUCCUCCACGACCGCAUCAAGGUCGAGGGCCGUGUCGGCAACCUCGGUGACAACGUCGUCAUCUCCCAGGCUGGCGAGGGCAAGAUCGAGGUCGUUGCUCACAUCCCCUUCUCUGGUCGCUACCUCAAGUACCUGACCAAGAAGUACCUCAAGAAGCAGCAGCUCCGUGACUGGCUCCGCGUCGUCUCCACCUCCAAGGGUGUCUACGAGCUCCGCUUCUACAACGUCGUCAACGACGAGGCUGAGGAGGAUGAGGAGUAAAUUUGCUCCCUCGAUCUUUGACCAAUCUUGGGCCCAACUGUCUAUCAAUCGGGCUC